CGGCUCUUCAAACACCCAGUCUCCGGAGAGUCUCUCACCUGACCAGUUUCGCCAGCGUGACAAGCCGCGCUCGUCGUCAACUGCCGCAGUGCGUCGUACCACACAGAACACGAACCACCGAGUUUGACCACGUUUAACCGCGUUCGCUUUUCGUACAACACUAUAAUAAUAUAUACCUGCCUACUAGUGCAGGUAACGCGGUGUACCUACUAAACUUAUACACACCCUUUUUAUAAUUACAUCGAACGAGUUACGYGCUUUUUGAAUUUUUUCCAAACCCGUUUAUUCAAAAGUCCGACUAUCCACACGGACGUUGCGCCGCGGUUUUUCUACACCUAGUUUCUGGCCGUCGCCACCAAGUGUUCCGGCCGAAAUCCGGAUAUCCGGAGUGUUAUGCGCGACGCGACAUGAACAGAUACUACGAAGCGUACCCGAAAAGUAGUGGAACCAUGCUGACCCUUCCGCCGCCGCCGCUGUCCGACCCAUCGGCCACGUGGAACUCGUACAGCUCGGAACCGGUCAAAGGGCUCGGCAACCGGAUUAAGCCAGACAGGAACCGUCAGGCGAUUAACGUGCAGAAGAUGCAGUGGCGCAACUCCAACUGGGUGGACGGGUUUCCGGAGCUAGUGGGCUCGAUGACCAUUGCGGACGUGAGCCCCAGAUUCGCGGUGAAACGCAUCCUGCUGCUGUACGAGAACGCUCAGUACAGGGAGGCGGCGAACUUCGUGAACCGUCUCAGUCACAAUACGUUCAAAGCGAUCCUCGACCAGCUGCCGAUCGACUUGUUCGUCGAAGCCAUGCCGCACAGCCUGUCCAUAUUGGAGGCGCUCUACGCCAAGGUAUUUCUAUCGUCCGACUGUGGCGUCAAGGUGCUCCGGCCCGACCACGUGCUCAUGCGGCUGGUAAAGCUGUUCACCGGCACCGCAGCGGGCGGCGCCGAUCGGUGGCUGGGCAGCACACGCAAGCUGCUCAAGGUGAUCGUGCUGUCCGACCCCAAGCUGCGGAAGGCGCUGCAAGUGCGUCGCCGGUCACUGGACAAGGCGGUCGAGGGACUCGGCCAGCACGGGCUGGUGGGCACCAGCGAUGAGACGCUCACCAACCUGCACGACGCACUCAAGGUGGAGUUCCAGAAGCUGGUGGACACGUACAAGGCGGCUCUGCUAAAGCUGGAAGAGCUCAGCCUGUCCGGUAAGCGGGACGGCGUGAGCAAGGGCCCGGCACCGGUGCAGGCGUCGCACCAGCGGCAACUGUCCCUGCAACAGUCCGACAUUCAGGAGCGGCUCAUCAAGAACAAGACGUUGCUGAACGUCGUCGAACCCGUACUGGAGAACAAGUCGAUGGCCAUACUAUUGACCAUACUCAAGCGCCGGGUGGAGUACGACAAAGACGCUCUGUUUCAGUUCACUCAACUCCGAAAAGAGCUCAAAGUUGAAUCGGAACACGUGGUGGCGCCUCUGCUCAUGAGAUACUCACACGCUUGCGAACAG